CUACUAUUACUGUUGAUCAAGGAAGCUGCUCUGGACAAGAGUAGACGAAGAAGAAAUUUACCCUGCGAUACCAAACAUGUCAGAACCAAAGAAGCGAAAGUUAGAAAGUGAGCAUCACUGCUCCCACUGAGUGCAAUGGCGUUCCCAAUUUAGCGGCGAUAAUGGAUGCAGGAGGAGAGGAGGACCAACAUUUUCUUUCAUCAAGUGAAAAAUCAUUUGAGUACAGUGAGAUUGCUGAUGCAGACGAAGAGGGUCUCUUCAACCAUUCGGACACGCUCACAAACAGACAGCGUGGAAAUGAAGUUAAUGUGCGCCCGGCGAAAUUAGACUCUCUGUCCAUACAUCAGUUGGCUGCCCAGGGUGAGGUCUUACAAGUAGCAGUACAACUAAGUAAAGAUAUCUCACUCCUGAGCAAACAAGACGAACGGGGCUUCACACCACUUAUGUGGGCAGCGGCGUUUGGAGAGAAAACAGUGGUGGACCUACUCUUGGAAAAGGGCGCGGACCCUGAAAUAGUUGCGAGGGACCGUGAAAGUGCGCUGACACUGGCUAGUUCCGGAGGCUACGUGGACAUCAUCGAGGCGCUCCUCAGACGUGGGGUUGAUGUCAACACCUAUGACUGGAAUGGAGGAACUCCGCUUCUGUAUGCCGUUCGAGGAAAUCACGUUAAAUGCGUCGAGGCGCUCUUGGCCAAAGGAGCCGACAUGACCACAGAGUCCGAUUCUGGCUACAGCGCAAUGGCAUUGGCUGUUGCCCUCGGAUACAAAAAGAUUCAGAAGGUUUUGGAGGACCAUAUUCUAAGACUCUACAAGCCAGCAUGCCGAUAAAUUACAGUGACACUGAGAGACUACUUUUUUUUGUUUUUAAGACUGUGAAGCAAGAUUAUUUAGUUUGGCUGUAGAGCAGCAAGAAUGGAUAUAAACAACUUGAAAUAAAUGUAUUUUUUUAUGCUGUGCUUUGCUAGAAUGAUAAUUGUAUACUUUGUGGGCAUUUGAGAGGAAUUCAACAGAUUAACUGGAUGGACAUGGUUGAAGUGACAUGAGUCUUCAUUCACAACUUUUUUGGGGGAAAUUUUAUGUAUCAAAACUACUAGUGGUACCGAUACAUAGUAUCGGUAUCGUCGCGGUUUUCUGAGAGGGAAUCAUUAGCACCGGUUGCAGUGUCAAUUCCAUAAAAAUAAAAAAAAGCAUUCCAGUCCA